CCUAGCUGAACGGCGCACCCCUUCCCUCUCUCCCUUCACUCUCUCUCUGAACACAAACGAAGGGAGUUCUGGUUCUGUUUAAUUCCGUUAUUAUUGGUUUCACUCGCUCUUCAUAAACUGGGGCUGUCGAUUUGAAGUGUUGUGGAUGCUGUGGAUUUCGUUGCAGCUGUGUUCUAUCGCGCUGUUUUUUCAGAUCUCUAUUUGGUUGAUAUUCCAUUUCUGCUAGCUAGAAAUGCCUGUUUUGGCAAGUUCAGUGUUUUCCUCAGCCACAUGGCCACUGUGCAACCCAUCAAAGAUUAAGCAACACUCUAGUACACCCAUCUUUAGGAGGCUGACUUUAACAAGAUGUCAAGCCAAAAGAUGCUGUGAUUGUUAUGAUAUGUACAAAGAGCUAGUCCCAUAUGCCAAUGCAUGGUCUUGGCAAAAGGCCAUUGUUGACAAGAGGAAAGCACAAAUUAUAAGGAAUGAGGAUCUUGCAGACACACUCAUUGUACUGCAGCAUCAGCCUGUUUAUACCUUGGGUACUGGUAGCUCUGAAGAAAAUCUACAUUUUGACAUAAAGAAUGCUCCAUUUGAAUUGUACCGAACAGAACGUGGUGGUGAAGUAACUUACCAUGGCCCUGGUCAGCUAGUUAUGUACCCAAUCAUCAAUCUCCGGUAUCAUAAGAUGGACCUUCAUUGGUACCUCAGGAGCCUUGAGGAGGUCAUCAUACGAGUUCUUUCUUCAUCAUUUUCUAUGGAGGCUUCAAGAAUUGAUGGCUUAACUGGUGUUUGGGUUGAGGGUCGGAAAUUAGCUGCAAUUGGUAUUAGAGUAUCUCAAUGGGUCACGUAUCAUGGCCUAGCGCUGAAUGUCACCACAGAUCUGGCACCCUUUCAGCAGAUAGUUCCAUGUGGGAUCCGUGAUCGUCAAGUUGGAAGCAUAAGGGGAAUACUGAAGGAGUUCUCAGUCUCUACAGAAAACCAUCAAGACACUGAUGAUGUCCAACUUAUUGAUAUUGCGCAUAAAUCUUUAGUUAAAGAGUUUUCUGAAGUUUUCCAAGUUGAUAUCCAUUGUAAACCUACACCUAUUUUAACUUCUCGAGGAGAAAACCAUUCUCGUGGCUUGACUAAGAAAAAGCUUAUUCUUGAAGGGUGAAUUAUUCAAGAGAUUUUACAAAGAAUGAUCAGAUUUGAUGCAAUAUUUUCAAGCGAUUUGUCUGAUUGAUCUAAAUUAUGAGCAUUGCAAUUGAUACUUUAA